CGAACGUCGCGAAAUGUCAAAAUUCCGGAAGCGUUUGGGUAUAUUUUUUCGCUGCUGCCUCACUCUCUCGAAUUGUGCUGUUUUCCUCCAGUUCUUUCUGUAAAAAUUUAGUUAAAUAGUGUGUUGUGGGCUGUGCAAUUGGCCAUGGAGAUAGAUAUCAAAGUGCUGGAGGAGGCAGUAGUACUGUUCUACCGCUCAGAAUCCUCCCAACAGGCUUCAGCUCAUCAAUGGCUGUCUCAGGCUCAGCUGAGCCCCCAAGCAUGGCAAUUCUGCUGGGAACUCAUGAGUCCUGAGAAGUCCUGUGAAGUGCAAUUCUUCGGUGCCACAACAUUGCAUUCAAAAUUGCUAAAAUAUUGGCAUGAAGUGCCCAAGGAAAUGCACGAGGAGCUUAAACAGAAGCUCCUGCAGGCAAUUGUGGCUUUUGGUGGGGGUCCCAAACUUGUCCUCAACCGUCUCUGUAUAGCAUUUAGUGCUUUUAUUGUGCAUAUGCUGGAGGAAUGGCCAACAGCUAUUGAGGAUGUCACCAACACCUUUCAGAAUCAGCAGCUGCCGAACUUGUCGGUUAAUACACAAGUUUGGAUUAUGAUGGAGAUCCUCGGUGGUAUUCCUGAGGAAGCCAAUGCCAUCUAUACAUCAGUGCAGAGAGCCAUGCUGCGGCAAGAAAUUACCAAACGUACAGGAUUCAUUCUGUCCACUAUUGACAGCUAUUUAAGUGUUAAAUGUGAGGUGCAAGUGUUGGAGGAUGAGGAUACAACUUCCAUGCUUCAGGCAGUAAAGUGUGGUGGGCUAUGGCUGAAGAAUGGCCAUCCCAUGGACAAUUGUCUAAAAUUUGCAGAGACACUCCUGAAGCUGGUGAAUAAGUGCUAUUGGAGCUGUGUCCAGGGCGAUGGAUGUAUGUCAGCAAAUGAAAAUGAACUGGCUGAGGUAUGUUUAGAGACACUAUCAUUCAUCAUGAUACAGCCCGAUGCCCAUCGCUAUCCCAAUACAGCUCUUAUCAUGAUUCGGAUGUUCCUAGACUCCCUCACGGAGAUCAUAAAAGCCGAAUGGCGAGAAAAUAAUCUAAAUGAAGAUAUUGCUGUUGGGAUUUAUACACUCCUGAUUGCUUCCAUUGAAUCCCAGUCACGGCUUUUGUUGACGGGAAUAGCUUCAGAUAGUUCUCAGCAUCGGGAACUGUACACGAGGCUCAUAGAAGAGAUCCUCCAGUGCACCAAUAAACCAGGAAUUUAUCCUGUAGAGGAAUCCUGUAGCAUUCUAGCCAUGGGAUUUUGGUACAUGCUACAGGAUGAGGUCCUGUCGCUGGAUUCCGAUGUGCAAAGGAGUAAAUGCUUGGAAAUCAUUCGACCACUCUAUGCGCAUUUGACCAAGGUUCUGGUACGCAAAGCUCAGCAGCCCAAUGAAGUGUCUAUUGAGCGCUGGAGUGCCGAUGAUCUUGAAACCUUCCGGUGCUAUCGUCAAGACAUAUCAGACACCCUCAUGUACUGCUACGAUGUCCUGCAUGAGAAUCUCCUGGAGAUUUUUGGGGUUCUUUUGGAUGAGGGAAUUCUGGCCGUUCAGAGUGACCAGCUAAACUGGCCAAAGCUCGAAGCUGUCAUCUACUCUAUGUGCUCCAUAGCAGAGCAUAUCAGCGUGACUGAAAAUAAGGUGAUACCCAAAUUGAUGCAUACCCUCAGUGAAAUUCCCUAUGAGAAUCUCAAUGAAAAGCUUCUGGGCACUGCAUUGGAGACAAUUGGUUCGUAUUGUGAAUGGUUCAAGGAGAAUCCGGUUUACCUCCCACCAGCUAUUGAUCUCCUGGUCAAAGGACUCAAUUCCCCAAUGGCUUCCCAGGCAACGCUGGGUCUCAAAGAACUUACACGGGAAUGCCAGAUGCAGAUGAAAAUCUAUGCCGAACCCCUUCUGAAAGCCUGUGAGCAGAGUCUCCAUGGAGGACGACUCAAGAAUGCUGAAUCCGUAAGAUUAAUGUACAGCAUUGGACGUCUGAUGAGUAUGCUGACUCCAGACAAAAUUCCAAGUUGUCUUGAUCUCAUGGUUUCUCCGUGCUUCGAAGAGCUCCAGAUCAUCACACAGAAUCGCAGUCAAACCGAAGCCACAAAAAUCCGCACACUCUUCCGUCUCAACAUGGUGUCCACCCUCUAUUCCUCCCUCAAUACCAAGGGAGUUCAGCAGGAAAAUGCUGAUACCACAAAUGCCCAACCCGUUCUCCUUGUCAUGGAAAAAACUAUGCCCAUCUUUAGGCAAAUUGGCGAAAUGUGGAUUGAUGAUACACAAAUCAUUGAGGCUCUGUGCAAUAGUCUCAAAUACGCAGUGACCAAUUUGAUGAAUGACUCAAAGCCCAUGCUUCCUGAUCUCUGUUGCCUCAUUGUCUCGAUCUUCCAGACCAAGUGCGUGUGUCCUGCCAUGGAUAUUGCUAAAACCUGUAUUAUUAUGUUCUACAAUGAUUCAGAUAUGCACAGCAAGAUGCAUCAACUUUUAGUAGAAAUUAUCAUGUACAACAUUAGACACUUUGAGCAAAUUCCCGAAAAUAAAUUUUCCGAUGUGUCGGAUCUCCUAGAAUCUUUCUUUGCCUUGAAUGCCCAGAUCGUG